AUGCUGUUAAUUGCUGGUACCAAACUAGGACACUGUAUAGCAACUACUAAUAUACCUCUAGAUGAAGUUGGAGACAUUACAAGCGAAGAAGAGUUGACGAGCAGUGAGGCGCUCACAACCACAAUGAGUGAAGACAACUCCCUCCCUACGUCUCUGCAGCAACAUCUCCAUGCAUUACAGGUAGAACAGUUGAAUAGUUAUUCAGAACUUUCAGUAGAUGUGGUUCCUCAGCAGGAAGGUGAGCAGGUACCGAGUACCAAAGUGGAGGCACAGUUAGACUUAAACACUGAUGAGGGAGAGCUUGGAUCACCUUUGUCUGAACAGAAAGAGGUGACAGUAGAUCCUGCUUCACAUCAGUCCACUGUAGAUACUGUUGCACCUUGUGAGGAAUUAGAAGUAGAGAUCUCUGAACCACAAGUUAAUGUAGAUGUUCCUCAGAUGGAAGAGGUUACUCGCACAAGUAGUCCAUCCCCCAAGCAGACAGAUUUACCCCAAGAGGAAGGUAAUGUAGAACUUGAUCAUGUGGCAGAAGAUCAGGCUGUAACUAUAGCAGAUGUAGAGAAAGACCAGCCAGAAGUUGUUGAACCAGAAGAAGCUAUGCCUACAGAACCAAAAGAAGUUGAACCAUCAUCUGUAGAACCCAAAGCAGUUGAAGCAGAGGUUACAGAACUUGAAGAAGCAGAAGUACAGGCUGUAGAACCCAAAGAGGCUGAACAACAGUCUGAAGAACCCAAAGAAAUUGAACAACAGCCUGCAGAACCCAUAGAAGUUGAAAAACCAUCUGCUGAACUCAAAGAAGCUGAACAACAGCCUGAAGAGUCAACAGAACCCAAAGAGAUUGAACCACCACCAGCAGAGGUUGCAACAGAGGAACAGAAUGUAGAUCUUCCUUUGGAAACAAAACAACCAGGUGAAACAGAUGCUCCUGCUGCAUCCCAAGAACCGACUCAACAGCAGAAUGUUCAGGCAGAAAUUAUAUUACCAGAAGAGAGUAAAGUUCUUGAUGAAGAUAAUGUUCUCAAAGUAAGUUCAGAAGAAGCAGAACAAAAGCAGGCAGAACCAGCAAAUACUUGUGAGGAAACACCAGUUACAAAGGACAGUACCACUUGUAUAAUGACUUUCAUAUCUGAUACUGCUGAUGACCAAAACCUUCAGCAGGGCAAGGUUUUCUCAGAUGAUGAACAACAGAAAGAAGAUCCUGGAACACCAGAUGAAGCCGAGGCAUCCCCAGUACCUCUACUAAAGGAAAUAGCUGCAGGAACUCCAAAACUGUCUCCAGAUGAUGCUCAGGGUGCCAAUGCUGAAGCAGAAGAUUCCUCUGAAGCAACAGAGACUGGUGCAGAUAUCUCUGAGCUGAAGUCCUUUGCAGAAGAGUCUCAUGGUCAUGAAAAACAACUUGUUGCUGAGGAAAUCCCAGCUCCUAUUCCUGAAGAAGAGUAUUGCCCUAGUAUUAGGAUGGGUCUGAUAGACGAAGCACCAAGUGAAGAUUCUGCUGUUCUGUGCAAAGGUCAGGGAACUCAGACUUCUCUAGCCUUGUCACUUACACCUCCACAAGCUGUCAGCAAAGAACACAGCACGCAGACAGAUGAGGAACAAGGAGUAGCUGUUCUUGGUGUACAGACUUCUUUCUUGCAUGAUGAAGGUGGUGUUGAAACCAGAGCUGGUAGUCAUGGACCUGUUAAAACAGAGGGUGUGACUGAAAUUUUGCUAGAUGCACUCCUUCCCUCUGAGACCCAGCUGUUAAUCAAAGACACUCAAGUUGUUGGUUCAAAGCCAUCGCAGAAUGUUGAGAUUGAUGCAAGUGAGGCAGAAGGAGUACCUUGCAUAGUAACUAGCCAUGUCAGUCUUGCAUUUUUAGGCUUAGAUUCACAGAAACCAGAGAGUCUAACAGCAAUUUCUGUAGAUGGUAAAAAGACAGAAAAUUUAACAACAGUGACUGCAAAGCCAGGAGCAGGAACAGCUCAGACUCCCAUUUCUCAAGAAAGUAAAACAGAAUGUGAACACAAACCAGAAUUACUAUUAGACAAAAAUAAAGUAACAGAAGUACAAGCUGCAUGUGAAAAGAACAUCCCAGAGGAUACAAAACAUACAGAAGAAAAUAACCAGAUUGGUAAAGAAAGUGACUUUGUUGACAGAUCUCACACUGCUCCAAAAACAUCUGAUCAGAUUUCAAAAGAUGAUAAAAAUGCUUUACAAGAGUUGGAGGCCAAAGAAAUUCAAAAGGAGGCAGGAAAUGAACCACUUCCAGACAGCCCUUCACUUGAGGCUAUUGCUGAAGCAGUAGCUGCUGCAACAACUCGUGCUGCUCUUGAUCUGCUUGCAACCACCAACUCAGAUACUCUUAUUAAACCUCAGGAAGUUCAAGAGGCUGCAGGUAGCUCCAGCAUCUCAUCUCUACCAAAGACUGCCGAUACUAAAGUCGUUCCUAGUGAGCCAGAAGAAGAGGCCAGAAAGCCAAGUGAACAAGUGACAGAAGCAUCAAGAUCUCAAACCCAAAGUGAUGCGUCACAGCCCUCCACAGUAUAUAUAGCCACUGUUACACACACACCCUCACCAUCUCCCACAUCCACUCCAGAAAAAGAAAAAACUCAGGAGUCUGUAGAGGCUGACCUGAUGAAGGCAUCAUUGCCCCAGGGUGAAAUUCCAGCUGAAACUGUGAAAACUAGUCAGACUGAUGCAGCCUCUCCACUGCCUAUUUCUCAGGAUGUAGUUGUAACAAAGACAGUUGAAGCUGCUCUUGCUGAGGCAGCGGAAGAAGUUUGUGAUAUAAGUACGAACAAAGACGCCAAACAUCAGGAUACUACUGCCACCCAGGACCGCCAAGGAGUCGCCACUGUUAGCCCAAACGAAGAUAGUCCGACGUCGAGCAAAGGAUCGAGUCCAGACAUGGAAGAAUACGAAGUUAUAAAUAAAGAUGAAGAUACUGCUCACAAACUCAGAACACAGAGAGAAACUUCUGGUGGAGAGCCUGUCAAUGAUAAAGUAAAGGCAGCUGAGUCAACAGAAGUAUCGAGUCAAGCAGCCCAGCUUCAUACAGAUGAAGAAGGUGCAUCAAAGAAAGAAACAGAGCAUCAGAAAGAGGAGAAAGUGGUGAAAGGUAAAGAAAGAAGCAGUUCUAAGGAACCUGAAGAAAAGAAAAGUUCAGAUAAAACAAAUGUUCAUGAAGACCAAGGGAAAGAUUCUACCACUUGCCCUGUUGACGAUUCCUCUACCAAAGCCUCAGAUCCACAAGCUACUCCUUGUAUGCCAAGUGAAUCUCACGUAGCAGAGGAAGGCCAGACUGACAUUGACAGUUCAACCUUGAAAGAAAGUGACAGCUCAGAUAAUGCUGACAGCGAGUAGAUUUCAUAACUUUUUGUAGAGGUAAUGUUAAAGAUUUAAAAAAAAAAAUGUUUAAAGCUAAACAUGAAUACCCAGUAGCCACACUGUUAUUUUUACUUCAUGUCUAGAUAGUGUGUAUUUAAAUAUUUUGUAAAACACAUGGACACACACACACACACACACACACACACACACACACACACACACACACACACACACACACACACACACACACACACACACACACACACACUCAUUCUCACUCUCACUCUCACUCUCACUCUCACUCUCACUCUCUCUCUCUCUCUCUCUCUCUCUCUCUCUCUCUCUCUCUCUCUCUCUCUCUCUCUCUCUCUCUUUUCUCUUUCUCUUUCUCUCUUUUUAUCUCUCACUUUGUAUCUAUCUAUCAUUCUUCCUCUGGUACAUACAUUUGCACACAUAUAUUUAUAUGUGGCUCACACAGUAGCACAGGGAGGGUAUAGCACAUUAUCAUGUUAUUACCCAAAAUAUAAAAUGACCAUAAAUAAAAUUUUAUAAAGAAAUGAGAAAGGAUAACUAUACUUUAAUAUUAAUGAGACUAAUACUUUCUCAAGAACUGUUUGGGCACACACUUAUUCUUGCACUUGUAGUCAUUUGUUAAAUAAUCUGAAAAGAAUGAGCUGUUUGCCGUAGCUGUAUUUCAAGACUCAGUAUUUUAAGUAAUAACAAUACACUCUUUUUAAGUUGACAGCUCCUUAGCAUUUAUGCAUAGUACGUACAGGUAUGGUAUGUGAUAAUACAAGUAAUUAAAUAUGCAAACUAAGUAAAUCAUUCUCAGAGCUGAGUUAGAUCACUGUAGUGUGAGCCAGUCCAAGAUUAGUGUAAAAUGCACUCCACAGUAUAUGAAAAUAUAUAGGCAUUUACCUACAAAGCAGAAUACCCUUUAUAAACCUUUAACAGAAUAAUAACACUGAAGUUGUGAUAUGAUUUUUCUAUUCCGUCUUUAUGUACAGUACAUAUAUGUGGUUUGUACAACUACUUAUGUCUCCCAUGUAAGCUAAAACUAUAACUUAUGGUUUUUUCCCCUUUUGUUGGAAGUGACAAAUCAAAGAGCAAGCAUUUUUUAUUCUUUUUUUGACUAAUGAUAUAUUUGUUAGAGCAUACAUACACAGGGUCAGAGUGACACAUUUAUAGUCCAUGCACUUUCAGUGAGCACUUUAUCAGAAUAAAAUUUAAAAAACUAGGCCCUUCUUGGUAAAGCACUACUUAUCUGUAAUGUUAUAACAGAUUUACUGUGAAUUAGUUUCAGAUGGUAUGUGUUAAACAAGUAACUGAGGAUUCCUUUCUUUUAUGUGGCCUAUAUACUGAAAUAUGUCUGGAAACAUUGAAAAAAAAUUGCAGUUGUUACACAAUAUUUCAAAUCAGUGAUUUUUAGCUGCAUUGCAGAAGAACCUGUAAGAUUUGUAAGCUGUGUGUUGUUAAUUUGUGAUGAUUAUAACAGUUAAGUUGUGUGGUGUUUCCAUUAGCUGCAUUUAUAUCUGAUAAAUGAAAACAUUGUUGGCAGUUAAUCAUAUUUAGUCUUUAUUUGGAUAUUUCAUGUUCAUCAACUGUAGAUGGAAUUAUAUACCUUGACAAACAUCUAAUUAGAAGAAAGAUGUAAUUUUUUAUUAUAAGAAUUUUGAGUGAAAGUAUGAGUGCUUUAUAUAUAUAUAUUUUUUUUUUCAUUAACUUUCUUAAAACUUUUUAGGACAAAAAGUUGAAGUCAAAGACAUGUAAGAAUGAAAGAAAAAAACACUGGACUGUUUUGUAUUUAUUGUGCAUAUGUUAUAUUCAAAUGGAAUUGUACAAUAUAUCAUAUUUUAUUUACAAAACCAGCUUGCCAUAGAACACCUUCAAAAAGUGUUUGAAAGCCAGUCUCCAGAAACUGGUUAUAAAUAUGAUACCACAUACACUAAGCAUUUCCUUCUUUCAAAGGAAGAUGUAUUUAUUCGAAGCCUAAUUUAAAAAGUGAAUGCCCAGAAUAAGACAGGUUUUUGUUGUGUUUGACUUGUGUGCAUUAGUGAAAAACAAGAUAAUAUCUAGUCAUUUAUAACUUAGUAUAUAUAUACAUAAAUAUUCUAGUCUUUCGUUAGUGUUUCCUUGGUGUUGUUAAUCAGAAACAUCUAUAUGUAUUCAGAUGAUAAAAUAAAGCAAUAAAAUUUAA